GGCCGUUUAGGCGCAGGGACAUUUAGGCGCAGGGACAUUUAGGCGCAAGGACAUUUAGGCGCAGGGACAUUUAGGCGCAGGGACACUUGGGCGCAGAUACAUUAAGUUAAGAGGGGUAUUCAGAAGUGGAACUUGUAGAAUGAAUAUACCUACUUAAAAUAUAAUAAUAUAAGGUAUGCAGGUAAACAAAAUUUGUAUAUAAUCCGGCUCUGCCCGAAAAGGUGUAAACUUUUGGGACAUUUUAUGGCCAGAGGGAUUAUACAAGUAUAAUAUUUCCCCGAAAAAAAAAACCACUUAGUUUCUUUUGUCCUCUAAAAGAAACAAUCCCACAAUAAACAUUGUAUAUUUUUUUUUCUUAGAAGGCAAUAUACAGUUUAAAUAUUUACAACCCCCAUCAGUAGAUUACAAUGGUACUUACAGGUAAUUAGCAUCGUGAUUGGCCGCCGUAGGAUUAUUACAGGUAUAUAAAUACUAUAAUAAAUACAGGUAAACAUGCUCUCAUUUAGUUACUAGUGUGCUAGCUUUCUGACAGUAUAGCUGUUUGUGAUAUUUUUUGUGAUUAUUGUGGUGUUUUGUGAAAAAUGGAAGUAGUUUCGCAGAAAGGAAACAAGAAAUUUCAUAGCAAUGGGUAUUGUUAUAUUUUUGAUAGACUUAGUGCAUGUGAAACAAAACAAUUUUGGCGAUGUGAGCAAAAAAACAACGGUUGUAAAAAACGUAUUCAUACAUUGGAAAAUGUGAUUGUGAAGGAAAUUCAUCAACAUUCACAUGAUAGUAAUGCGGCUAAGGUUGAGGCUGAUGUUGUGCGUACAAAAAUGAGAAUACGUGCUGAAGAAACAAUGGAACAAACAUCUCAAAUUAUUAAUACUUGUCUAAAUGAAGUUAACUUGUCGCAAGCCGCCCAAGCAGCUUUACCUAAAAGUACAUCGUUGAAGAAAAUGAUACGAAGAAAGAGGAAUCUAAUAAAUGCCGCACCUCCAGUUCCUCUACGGAUAGAAAACUUGAUUAUUCCCGAAGAAUAUAGAACCUAUUCAACAAAUGGAGCGGCAGAAAAUUUUUUGCUAGCCGAUAGCGGUCCAGACGCAGACAGAAUUUUAAUAUUUGGCCGAGCAAAGAAUAUCGAUGAGGUGAGAUAUUUUGAAAAACUGUUAAGGUUUUGUCUCUUAAUGGGACUAUCCUUUUGUCUUUUGUCGGGAGGUAAAUUAAAAAUUAAAAAAUUACCUUUAUAUUUAAAAAAAAAAUGAAAAAAUGACAGGAGUAAAGUGUGCUUUGGAAUGGUCAAAUUUCUACCGUUUUUUUUGAAAUAUCUUGGUAAUUAUUAAAUAUUUUUAAAAAACUUUAGUAUAAAAAAUGUAGGUUAUAAAGAGAAGUAACUUUUGUUUGUUUAACAUUUUUUACGAGAUAGGUACACUUUUGUCCUUUUUUUCAAUAUGCGUGAGCUCAUGUGUUGGACCACAUCAGAUUUUUUCUACUUAAGUUAUUUUAAAAUAUUUAAUAAUUAAGAGGAUAUUUCAAAAAAACUUAAAAAUUACACGAGUAAGUGCGCUAAAAAUGAUAAAAGUGGACUUAUCUCGUAAACCUCACUAUAUAUACUUCGUAUAUGCGUGAGCUAAUUAUAUGGCACGAGUUUGUCAAGUACCACACCAAUUAGUGUUUAUUUUGUUACAGAUAUUGGUACCAUCGCAGCAUUGGUUUGUGGAUGGCACAUUUUCAACGGCACCGCCUUUUUUUUCACAAAUAUAUGUAAUAAUGGCCAAAAGAUUUGGUGGAGUUCAUCCUGUAGCAUAUGCAUUAUUGCCAAACAAACAAGGUGUCACUUAUAGAAGAAUGAUAGAGUUGCUCAAAAACAUAGGGCCAAAUUUAAAUCCAAAUAAAAUUUCUUGCGAUUUUGAAUUGGCAGCCAUAAAUGCCUUUCGAGAUGCAUUUCCAAAUGCUCAGAUGCUGGGUUGUUUGUUCCACCUUACGAAAAACUUAAGAAAACAUUUGGGCGAAUGUGGUUUGAUGGGUCGUUAUAAUAAUGAUGCUGAUUUUGCUCUGCACGCCCGUAUGAUAACGUCGUUAGCGUUUAUUCCAGUACAUGAUUUGGAUAACGCCAUUGAGGAAUUAUCCCAUUCAUUGCCUCCAGAAUUAGAACCGUUGCUGCAGUGGUUUGAAGAUACCUAUGUUGGACGUCCAAAUCGCCGCGGGAAUGGAAGGCGGCCUGCCAUUUUUGGCCCAGAAUUAUGGUCCGUUCACAAUCGUGUUUUGUCUGACACAGAUAGAACAAAUAAUCAUGCCGAGGCGGCACAUAGGCGACUACAAAUAGAAUUAAGUAUGAAUCAUCCUAGUAUUUGGAAAUUGAUUGAUGGCUUAAAAACAGUACAGCGAGGUAGGGACAUGUUUUUUGAGCAACUGGUUGCUGGUAAUGAACCUCCAACGAAAAGAUCCAAAUAUACUCUUGCCGACGUAAGAAUAAAGAAUCUUGUACGAGACUACGAAAAUAGAAACAUUAUUGAAUUUCUUAGGGGCAUCUCUCAUAAUUACGAGAUGAACGCAUAAUAGUACUGUUAUUAUCAUUAUUUUAAAUAUUAUUAUUGCUACAAUAGAUUGUUAUUAAUUAUUAAUUAGGUUUUACUAAGUGCGGAUUACUCUUGCUAUGUACAUACCUAUACGAAUAGUUUGUGUUGAAUAUGAUUGUGACCUUUAUUGUAUAGAAUAAUAAUAAACUUGUGCUUGAAAUGAACUAAUUCUACUUUAUUAUUCAAUAAUUUUCCUAAUGUAUCUGCGCCUAAAUGUCCUUGCGCCUAAAUGUCCCUGCGCCUAAAUGUCCCUG